AUGCUUCCCCCCACGCAGUCUCUUUCCCCGGCCACAAAACAACCGUGAGUGUCCAACUCACUGUUCCUGAAAAACUUAAAAUAAAAAUAAUAUAAAAAAUAUAAAAUCCACAAAAUCCUAAAAAGUGCAGAUCUACUUAAAGAAAUAGAAACCUUUAAAAAAAAUAGCAAAAUCUUCUUUUAAAAAAACAUAAACAUCAGGCCUCCGGCUUAACUCGAAGUUGUCGUCUUUUUUAAAGGAAACACUUCAGAAGACACACGUCUUUAUCGCGCUGCUUUUUCCAGGUUUGGCAUUUUCAAAACGCCCGAUCAGCUGUUUGUGCAGCGUGUCUUUAAGCCAAAGCGCAGUUUGGAUCCGGAUUAGAGACCGUACCGACAUUUUUCUGGCGUUUUUUAAAACGAAGCCUUGCGUUUAUCCUCUGAAAUCAGCGAUAUGAACACAGCGACGGGGAGUUAUCCGAUGGCUUCUCUCUAUGUUGGCGACCUGCACCCCGACAUCACGGAGGCUAUGCUGUACGAGAAAUUCAGCCCAGCCGGACCGGUGCUCUCCAUUCGGGUCUGCCGAGACAUGAUCACCCGGCGGUCCCUGGGAUACGCUUAUGUGAACUUCUCACAGCCGGCUGACGCUGAAAGAGCCCUGGACACCAUGAAUUUUGACGUGGUGAAAGGGAAGCCAAUCAGAAUCAUGUGGUCCCAAAGAGAUCCCUCCCUCAGGAAGUCGGGCGUGGGCAAUGUUUUUAUCAAGAACCUCGACAAGUCCAUUGACAACAAAGCCCUGUACGACACCUUCUCUGCCUUUGGCAACAUCCUCUCCUGCAAGGUGGUGUGUGACGAAAACGGCUCCAAGGGGUACGCCUUUGUCCAUUUUGAGACCCAGGACGCGGCUGAUCGCGCCAUCGAGAAGAUGAACGGCAUGCUUCUGAAUGACCGCAAGGUGUUUGUGGGUCGUUUCAAAUCUCGCAAAGAACGGGAGGCUGAACUCGGUGCCAAAGCUAAGGAGUUUACCAACGUUUACAUCAAGAAUUUUGGCGACGACAUGGACGAUGAACGCCUGAAGGAGAUUUUUGACAAAUACGGUAAAUCUAAAUUUGUUUUCUGAUCGUUUCCAGAUGAAGAGCUGCAGCAUUUGCAGCACUCCUGCUAUUUUUAGAUCGCUCUGACCACUGGUACUUGCAGUUUCACUGUAGACCUGAAACUUGGAAGGACUCUGAUGGUUCUGGAUAAAUCGUACCUUUUGUUUCAGGGAGUUAAUCUUUAUAUUAAAAACUUGGAUGACACAAUAGAUGAUGAGAAACUGCGCAAGGAGUUCUCUCCAUUUGGCUCAAUUACAAGCGCUAAGGUGAUGCUAGAGGAGGGGCGCUCCAAGGGCUUUGGCUUUGUCUGCUUUUCCUCCCCUGAAGAGGCUACCAAGGCUGUGACUGAAAUGAACGGACGUAUUGUUGGCUCUAAACCUCUCUACGUGGCUCUUGCUCAGCGCAAAGAGGAGCGCAAAGCCCAUCUCACCAACCAGUACAUGCAGCGGAUAGCUGGCAUGAGAGCCAUGCCAGCUAAUGCCAUCAUUAAUCAGUUCCAGCCCACUAGUGGAUACUUCAUGCCAGCUGUGCCGCAGGCUCAGAAUAGGACUACAUACUAUGCACCCAAUCAGAUCGCUCAAAUGCGACCAAAUCCCCGAUGGCAGCAACAAGGUGGACGAGGUCAAGGGGGUUUCCAAGCAAUGCCCAGCUCGCUGCGUCAGCCGGGGCCCCGUGCCAACCUCAGACACAUGAGUCCUAGCAGCAGCACACAAGGCCCACGAGCUGGUGGUCAGAGCAUGGGUCCUCGUCCGUCAGUUGGAGUCCCCGGUCCUCGGGCCAUGCCUCCUUACAAAUACGCCACUGGUGUCCGUAACCCCAACCCCCAGGUGGUGCAACCUAUUGCCUUACAGCAGACUCAGCCAGCUGUGCACGUUCAGGGCCAAGAGCCCCUCACGGCCUCCAUGCUGGCUGCUGCACCUCCUCAGGAGCAGAAACAGAUGCUGGGGGAGCGUCUGUUCCCGCUGAUUCAGGCCAUGCAUGCCAACCUAGCAGGAAAGAUCACCGGCAUGUUGCUGGAGAUCGACAACUCUGAAUUACUACACAUGCUUGAGUCCCAUGAGUCUCUACGUUCAAAGGCUCAGAAUAGGACUACAUACUACGCACCCAAUCAGAUCGCUCAAAUGCGACCAAAUCCCCGAUGGCAGCAACAAGGGCAACUCUCCAUGGCGAACUCUGGGUCAAACACAAACGGCUCUCAGUUCUUCCUCACCACUGACAAAACGGACUGGUUGGACGGCAAACAUGUGGUGUUUGGAGAGCUGGUGGAGGGGAUGGAUGUACUUAGGGCAAUGGAGACUAGUUCAUCCCUCACGUUGGUCUGUUCCACCAACGGCUGCCUCUCUCUUCCAUCAGCAGUAAGAGAAGACAGACUGUGA